ACAAAAAUAAAUUACUACUAGGUAGUUGACUCUUUCUUUAAUAUAUAAUUUUAUGACACUAUUUGUGAAACAGUAAUUUUUUCAAUUGAAGAAUAGCACCUCGAGUUUAAAAAUUGAUAGCAUAAAUGUCCAAUAAUACCUUUUAUCAUAAACCCAAAAUUAGUGAAACAUGACGUCAUCGCUAUUCUACACAUUGAUUCAUUGUCAGUAAAGGAUGUCGAAUAUAUCUUACAUUCAGUAUUAUGAAUAACCAAUAUCAAUCAUCUUGGUGUAAAUGUAAACUACUAUUACACUAUUGAUAUUCAGUUGAUGGGAAAUUUAGAAUCUUACUUAUUUUAAAAAUUGUUUUUUUAGUUUUCUAACUUAGAAUACCUAUUUAGUAAAAAAACAUUUUAACUAUUUAAAAAUUUAUACCUUUUAUCAUCUGUAAUUAGCAGAAUUAUGGAUAGAGAUUCAAAAAAUUUUGUUCAAAAAAUUGCUGUUGAUAUUGUUUGUCUUGGGUCAGUUGGAUUUUCUGUUUUAAUCUUUUAUUUGAGUGGUGAACCAUAUCAAAGAGGAUUCUAUUGUAAUGAUGAAUCUAUACGCUAUCCAUUUAGGGAAUCAACUGUUCCAUCAAGUGUUCUGUAUUCAGUUGGAUUAGGACUACCUACACUUGUUAUUCUGACAGUAGAAUAUUUAUUACAAAAAUCAGAGCAAGCACAAUAUUCUCUUUUUGGAAAAAAUAUUCCAAAUUGGGUAUUUUCAGCUUACAAUAACCUUUUGUGGUUUUUGUUUGGUGCAGCCUGUUCUCAAUUAACUACUGAUGUGGGUAAAUAUACCAUUGGAAGAUUGAGACCUCAUUUUCUAGAUGUUUGUGGUCUUUCUAAAAUAUGUACAGAACCAGGUAAUCAAUUUAGAUAUAUUGAAGAUAUAUCAUGUGAAAAUUCAGAUGAUCAUAGAAAAAAGGAUAGUCGAUUAUCAUUUCCAUCUGGACAUUCUUCAUUAUCAUUUUACUGCAUGGUGUAUUUAGCUGUUUAUUUACAAUCUCGAAUUAAAAUAGCAAAAUAUGGUAUGGCAAAAAGUUUUUUUCAGUUCAUUGUUAUAUUAAUGGCAGCAUAUUGUGCACUUACGCGAGUUAGCAACUACAAACACCAUUGGAGUGAUGUAUUGGCUGGUACCCUUUUAGGAUCACUAAUAGCAACAUUAACUGCAUUUUAUGUUUCUGAUUUGUUUAUAUCCAAAACUAAAUGUUCUCGAAAACGCAAUAAUUCAUCUGACAAUGUGGACACAAUAAACCCUUCACAAACUGUUGAAUUGAAGGCUAUAACAUAAGAAAAGCUAUUUGGACGCAACAUAAUAUGGUUUUAUGAAUACAAAUUUAUUAAAUUGAUAAUAGAAUACCUAUGUAGUAUCUGAAUACAUGACAAUUGAUCAAAAGUAAUUUACCAUAAGUCAAUAUAUUAUAAACAUUUUAUCAUUGCAUAACUUUUUAUUGUAAAAGCAAUUAUCCAAUAUAUUCUGUACUUAAAUGUUUAUAUUAAAAAGAAAAAACUACACAUAAAUAGGCCAAAAUUUUCUUUUUUACAAUAAUAAAAAUGUGAGGGGUUCUACAUUCAAAUAAUUUAUAUUUUCUUUCUUUUAUAAAUAAAGAUCACCUUAAAAAGUAUGGCUUAAUAAUUUAUGUGUUUUAGUUGUUAAAAUUUGUAGUAUCUGACAUUGUACCCAAUUAAUUAAAAAAUUUUAGGUAGAAUAGAGACUCCACAUAUAGUAGAUUAUAAUUCUCCUUUAAAACAAUUUUAUUUUGAAAAUUAUAUAAGAAUAACCUAUUUUUAAUAUAUAUCUUUAAUAACUAUUAUAACUAUUUUUUAAGGAACCUAAAAUAUAUUCACCAACCAAAAAAUGUGACUUAUGCUAGCUAUUUCUUAAAAUUUGAAUGCACAAAAUAUAGUAAAAUUUUAAUGAAACAAAAUUCACGAGGAACCAAAAAAAAUUUCUAAUAUAGAGAAAUUUGUUAAAUAUUUUCUCAAAAAUAUUUCAUUAAACAUAAAUUUUUUUUUAAUGGAAAUUCUUUAUAUUAAAGUUUUACUUUAUUAUCAGUUUUAUCUUGAAAUUAUAUUGCUCACUUAAAGUAUAUAACCUACACAUUUUAUACCAAAUCAUCAAUAUUCUUAUUUUCAAACA